AUGGUAGUAGACCGUGCAAGGUUGUAUGACGACGUGGGAUACCCACCUGGAGUCGAAGUUCCCCCAAAUGAUAAAAGUGAAGAUAGCUUCCAAGUCUUGAAGCAAUUUUCGAAAGUCCGCAAAAGAGUCCACGAAGAAAGACAGAAUUUCACAAGAGUGGGUCAGAAAAGGCUGUCAGAUCUUGUCAGAGCACGUCGUGGAUGCGGUGCUUCCAAUCCUAGAGAUAUCGUCUACGCUCAUAUUGGCAUGGCCGCGCUAAAAAUCCAAGGAAGCUCAGCUAUAUUUGACAUCGACUACAACAAAUCAGUCGCGAAGGUUUAUGCGGAAAUGGCACACCACAUUCUGAUGGAAACAAAAAAUGUCUUUGUAAUCUUGGAGCGUAGAUAUUUGACUCCUUCCCCUCUUGGAUUGUCAUCAUGGGUCCCAGACUGGUCAAGGACUUGGGAUCCCACAGAAAUCCAAAAGACUGACAUUUGGCACGUGGAAGAGCGAACCAUGAGACUUGAAGCACUAGAGAAUGGUGAGUAUGCCUUGUUAUUAGAUGUGAGGGUAGUUGCCGAAGUUGUUCAAAUCGGCAGCUCCAUCCAAACAGCUUUGGAUAUCUCGAAGGACCCCGGGACCAAGUCAUUUCAUGAUUACAUACCAUUGACAGUGAAUCUCGACGACAUCGAAGCGUCCAUUGAUCCUUGUCACGGUCUUCGGAGCUCCCGUGAACAGAGUCCCAAUUACGAUAAAUUACGCGCCCUAAGAUGCGGGUUCGAAAAUAUUAUGGAGGGGUGGGCAUCCGCUAUAGGGUUGACUGACCAAGAACUUCUGCCAUAUGAAGAUAUCUCGGACUUACUCAAUAUUCGCAAACUGAAGAGCAGCAUUGAAAAUUUUUGCGAUAAUCCGUUCGCCGUAAUGAUCAGCUACUAUCUUAACCUUCUAAACACUUCAGGUAGACGCGAUGAGAAUCUGUACUUGGCCAUUCCUCCGAGGUUGGAAUUCGACCGAGUCUGCACUAUCAAGCUUACACCUCAGAAGGAAGGCAGUCGAACAGCUUUUCAAAUCCUAGCUGUCCCCAGAGCAGUGCAGCUUGGCGACGUUAUUGUCUCUGUCACGAGUUAUAUCUCGCCAAGAACCACUUUGCUGGCCCUUCGGCCUUUCAAAGCACAGGAAAACGACGUCAGAAAUCUACCACCUACCUACCAAGUCGUUGGCACCUUCCGUAUAGACAGAGGUUUAAAAUCCGCUCAUCAUGUCAUUCUUUCAGAUAGAAUUGCCUUGGUAUAG